GUUCAGAUCAUCGACAUGCUCAUCCAGUCAGGAGCUAAAGUCAAUGCGAAGGACAGCGCCUGGCUGACCCCACUGCAUCGCGCAGCAGCUUCUCGUAACGAGCGAGCUGUGAGCGUGCUGCUGAAGCACUCGGCCGAUGCCAAUGCCCGGGAUAAGUUCUGGCAGACUCCUCUACAUGUGGCCGCUGCUAACAAGGCUACCAAGUGCACUGAACUACUUCUGCCACUGCUCACCAACGUCAACGUGGCCGACCGUACAGGGCGGACAGCACUUCACCACGCUGCCUACAGCAGUCAUUUGGAGAUGGUACAGCUGCUGUUGAACAAGGGAGCUUGCGUCAGUUCCUGUGAUAAAAAGGAACGUCAACCCAUUCACUGGGCUGCCUUCAUCGGGCACCUGGACGUGAUGAAGCUGCUGCUAUCCCGUGGGGCAGUGCCAAGCUGUAAGGAUGUGAAGGGAUACACCCCACUGCAUGCGGCUGCCUCCAGCGGAAAGUUUGAAGUGGUGAGGUACCUGCUGAAGCUGGGUUUGGAGAUCGACGAGCCCAAUGCCUAUGGGAACACAGCCCUCCACAUUGCCUGCUACACUGGACAGGAUGCCGUGGCCAAUGAGCUGGUCAACUACGGGGCCAAUGUCAACCAGCCCAACCUCCUGGGUUUCACACCGCUGCACCUUGCUGCUGUCUCCACCAACGGAGCUCUGUGCCUGGAGCUGUUAGUCAACAAUGGGGCCGAUGUCAAUGUUCAGAGCAAGGAUGGGAAGAGCCCUUUGCACAUGGCUGCGAUCCACGGCAGAUUCACUCGAUCUCAAAUCCUCAUCCAGAAUGGCGGAGAGAUCGACUGCGCGGAUAAGUAUGGGAACACUCCUUUACAUGUUGCUGCUAGGUACGGCCACGAGCUACUGAUCAGUACCCUGAUGACGAAUGGUGCUGACACGGCCAGGAGAGGAAUCCAUGGGAUGUUCCCCCUGCACCUGGCCGUGUUGUACGGGUUCUCAGACUGUUGUCGCAAGCUGCUCUCCUCAGGCCAGACAUACAGCAUCGUCUCGUCAUUCAGUAACGAGCAUAUUCUGUCUGCUGGCUUCGACAUUAACACACCAGAUGACCUCGGCAGGACCUGCCUCCAUGCUGCUGCUUCAGGGGGGAAUGUUGAAUGUCUAAACUUGCUGCUCAGCAGUGGUGCUGAUUUCACAAGGGAGGACAAGUUUGGAAGAACUCCUUUGCACUAUGCAUCUGCCAAUGGCAGCUAUCAAUGUACGGCGACCUUGAUCACAGCGGGGGCCAGUGUUGGAGUCUCGGACGUCAGGGGCUGCACUCCAUUGCACUACGUGGCUGCUUCUGAGGCAUACAGAAGGAGUGACCACACCACACACAAUGAGGAGGAACUGCAGGAGACAGGAGAGAAGGAGGCCUUUUUCUGUAUGGAGUAUUUGCUGGACCAUGGAGCAGAUCCUUCCAUACCAGACAAACAAGGUUACAGUGCAAUACACUACGCUGCCUCCCAUGGGAGCAAGCAAGGCCUGGAACUGAUUAUGGAGACAGCCAUGGAUUGCUUGAAUGAAGGGGAAGGUGACUUCUCUGUGAGCCCUCUGCACUUGGCCGCAUACAGCGGGCACCAUGUGGCACUGGGUGUUCUGGUGGAGGUGCUGGGGACCCCAGAUGUGAGGGACUGCGAUGGACGCACACCUUUGUAUGUGGCCGCCAAGCGGGGCCACACAGAAUGCGUGGAAAUCUUGACCCGACAUGGGGCGUCUAUCCUGGUACCCGAAAGGCUCACCAAAGGGACACCGCUGCAUGCUGCAGCGGCAAGUGGUCACACAGACUGUCUGCAUGUGUUAAUUGAUAGCACUGAGGAUACUGACGUAUUGGACACGAUGGAUGCUCACGGACAGACAUCUGUCAUGCUGGCCGUGACGAACAGUCACGUAGAAUGCAUCCACCUGCUGCUGGAAAAGGGAGCAUCGACCGACACUGCUGAUAAACGAGGGCGGACAGCGCUUCACCGAGGGGCAGUGCAGGGAUGUGAGGAGGCAGUGGCAGCUCUCCUCGACCACCAGGCCUUCGCCCUCUGCCGGGACGUAAGGGGACGAACACCUUUGCACUUGGCUGCUGCCUCUGGCCACCCCGCUAUCCUGGAGGCUUUGCUGCAGGCAGCCCUCUCCACAGAUCCGUUAGAUUCCUUGCAGGAUUACAGCGGUUACACACCUCUGCACUGGGCCUGUUACAAAGGUCAUGAAGACUGCUUGGAAGUACUACUUGAACACGAAAUGCUGUCUAACCUCGGGGGAGAGCCUUUCACUGUGUUGCACUGUGCUGUAAUUAAUGGACACGACAGGACUGCUGAGAUACUGAUUGACGUUCUGGGUGCCAAGAUUGUGAACAGCCAAGAUGCCAAAGGAAGAACCCCUCUGCACGCGGCCGCCUUCUCCAACCGGUUGCACUGCCUGCUGCUGCUGCUCAGCCAUGGGGCCCAGGUGAACGCUGUUGAUCAGGCCGGGCGCACGCCACUGAUGUUCGCAGCCCAGAAUGGUCACUGCAAGAUUGUAGAGAUCCUGCUUCAGAGAGCUGGUGCGGAUUUGACGUUGCACGAUGUCAACAAGAACACAGCUCUUCAUCUGGCCUGCAGCAAGGGCCAUGAAAUGUGUGCCUUGUUAAUCCUUGGGCAGAUCUGUGACACUGGUCUCAUUAAUGCAACCAACAGUACGCUUCAGAUGCCUCUCCACAUCGCAGCUCGGAACGGGAUGUCCUCUGUGGUCCAAGCCCUCCUCAACCGAGGGGCAACUGUGCUGGCUGUGGAUGGGGAGGGACACACUCCGGCUCUGGCCUGUGCCCCCAACAAAGACGUGGCCGACUGCCUGGCACUGAUCCUGGCCACCAUGAAGCCUUUUCCCUCUAAGGACAGCGUCAGCUCAUUGGGCCUGAACCUGUUGAAGAACUGUGGCAUUCUGGCCAAAGCUGUGUCCUGUGACCAAGUCAGCGGCUUCGGGGCCAGUCCGCUGGGCCUGGACUCUUGUUACCCUGAGUGAUGGGGUGGGGGGGGGGGGGAGGGGAGCAGAGGCAAUGGCAGGGGCAGUAACUCCAUGCACUGAGGCCCUUGUUUUAACUAUUCAGGAGAUUACAGAGCAGGUUCCCUUGCCCAGCAUCACCCAAUUCCCCUUGCCACCCAUGGCCACGUGCUCCCCUUGCUGCCUGACCUCCACCACCAUCCUUCCUAUCAACCACCUCAGCACAGGUCUGUGUGAAGCAGAUGAAGCCCACGGACAUUUCAACAGGCAGGGAACAAAGCUGUACUAAAGUGGGUGCAUGUGUGUGUGUAUGUGUGUCCUGACGUUACCCACAGACUGUCUUCGUGUGUUCUGAAACUGACACCAAAGAGUGUGUGUGAGUGAGUGUGUAUGCACUGCUGUCCGCUCCACUAGCCCUCUCCGCUCCUCCCAUCUCUGCUCCAGAGUUUGGGGGUAGACGGAGGGCCCUCCAGGGUGUGGGGCAUAAGAGGAGUUUUGGAGAGGAUGGGGGCAUCAGGGGUGAAGGGGUUUUAGAGGGUGUCAGAGGUAUGUCCAGGAGGUGUUACCUACCUGGGGUCACUGAAUGAUUGAAUGUCCCCUCCCACCAGCCCCGGACUUUUAAAGAUAACCCCCCCCCCACCAUUUCCGCAUCAUAACCCUCACUGACCCACACUCUCAGUGUUGGUCCUGGGAUCCCUGACUGAAACCUGCCUGUGACCUCCUUGGGCUUUGAAUGACCUUUGAAGGUGUACAUAGUACCCUCCCCUCAGUUGACGACCACCCCCCCCCCCCCCCGUCCCCCCGUCCC